AUGCUGAGGAACCUCUUCAACAAAAAACUCCCCUCGGUUAGGACCAAAAUGGUGUUUUUGGUGCGCACCGAUUUGGCCAUGGGCAAGGGAAAAGUGGCCUCGCAGGUGGCCCACGCCUCCAUCUGUUUAUAUAAACAAGCAGUCAAGGAGCGGAAUCCUUAUCUGGACAUGUGGCUGACCUUCGGACAGCCCAAGAUCGUCCUUAAGGCCUCCAGCGAGAAGGAUUUGUUGGAGGUGCACCGUAGGGCUCUGGACCACAGUUUGAAUGUGUGCAAAGUGCUCGAUGGGGGAAAAACCCAAAUUGAAAGGGGCAGUUUGACUGUGGUGGGGAUUGGACCUAACCGGGUCGAGGACAUUGAUGAGGUUACUAGGGAGUUUAAAUUGUUGUAGUGAAUAAAAAUUGUUUAGUGAAGAAAA